GGUUUUUUCAUAUAUGAACAACCCAUGGCGCGCGUGCACACCAUAGGCAUAAGUGGACCGUCGUGUUCCGGAAAAACAACCAUUACGCGCAUUCUGCAAAAGAUACUCAAGCGUAGUGUAGUCAUUUAUCAAGAUGACUUCUUCAAGCCUGAUAGUCAAAUUCCUAUCGAUGAGGAAACGCAGCUGGCCAACUGGGACUGUCCGGAUGCUUUGAAUUUUCAAGCGUUGGCUGACACCAUACAGUACGCUCGGCAGCAUGAGGGACAGUUGCCACCUGGUUACAAAUCCAACGAGGUGAACAAUACCCACGAUGGUUCAAAUUUAUUGCCAAAAGACGCUCUCAAUAGAUUAUUGCGUCAAUUGGAUGUCGAACAAGACGAUAUCUUUAUCAUUGUUGAUGGCUUCAUGCUGUAUUGGGAUGCUGACGUUACCUCAGUAUUGGAUUGUCGAAUCUUCAUGACCGCUUCCUAUGAAACGUUGAAAAACCGCAGAGAAGGGCGUAAAGGAUAUGCCACCAUCGAAGGUUACUGGGAAGAUCCACCUGGCUUCUUUGAUAAGAUUGUAUGGCCGCAAUUUGUGAAAUGGAACAAGCAUUUGUUUGCCGGUCAAGAUCAUUCGGAAAUCGAUCACAAAGCAGUGGACAAUGUGCUGUCUGUGAACACCGAUGAAAUCUCGAUUGAAGAUAUGGCCGUGAAAGUGAUACAGAAACUACACGAGACAAUGGAACAUAAUAAAUCGAAAUAAAAACCAAUCCUGG